AUGAACAGAAAUCGUCGUGAUGGACAACGUGAUAUCAAGCGGGAGCGUCGCAGCCGAUCGAGGAGUCCACGAAGAAGUCGUAUUGGCGCCGCUGCCGGGAAUAACAAUAAUGGAAAUGCGUCUUCGAACAAUCGUAUGGUUUAUAUCACCAACAUCGCCUAUGAGGCACGCUGGGUUGAUCUAAAAAGUCUCGUUCGCGAAAAAGGAGGCGAAGUAGUUUUCUGCGAGUUACUUGAAGACGGUAAUGGAAAACCGAAGGGAAACGCCGUGGUUGAGUUCGAAACUCGUGAAGGUGCUGAGAAAUGUGUCGCUAAUCUUCAAAAGUUCGACUGGAAAGGACGAAGCAUCAUCGCUAAAGAAAUUCGGGAUCCGACCGCUUUCUUCCGUACCAUCAAAACUGAAACAGGAAUUGAUUAUUUAUCUCGCACGGGAGGUGGAGCCUCGGGAGGAGCUCGAGCUCCACAAAGUAAAGAUCUCGAUCGUCCUGCACGAACCGGAACUUUCGAUUUAUUUGGUCUCAAUAUGGAGUUCCUCCGCCAACACAACAUUGAACCACCUCUAUGCGAACGAAUCUUCAUCGCCAAUUUAGCGUUCAAUGUUGGUACCGACAAGCUUUACGAAGUAUUUGGUAUGGCUGGAAAAAUCAACUGGAUGGACUUCCGAAUUGAUAGAGAAGGAAAAACCAAGGGUGUCUGCGUCAUCCAAUACACACAUCCGAUAGAAGCUGUUCAAGCAAUCUCAAUGUUCAACGGACAACGCCUGUUUGACAGAAAUCUCGUCGUGAAAAUGGACCGAUUUGAGAAAGAGCCGGAGCACAAAGAAGGUGGACUUCCACGAGGACUUGAGUCAAUUGGCAUGGGACUCGGAGCUGAUGGGGCUCCGCUUGCCAAUGUUCAUGGGAUGUUUCCGGGUGAUGUUCCACCACAGUUCAAUGUUCAAGCUGCUCCAUUCAUUUCCGGAGGACCACAAGUCGGCGGUGUUGCUGGUUUCCCACAGGGAGUUGUGGAUCAAUCGAACUUCGCUAGAAAUGUCAUGACCAAUGCUCCAUUCGGAAACAACAGCGCAAGUGGCACAUCAUUCUCGUCCGACGUUUUUGGAGGUAGUGGAACCGGAGGGAUUGUCGCAGCUGGAGCCCAGCCAACCAGAGUCAUAACAAUCCGCAACCUUCCAACCGACUACACAUGGCAAAUUGUUCGUGACCGUGUUCGUAACUUUGGAGAAGUUGAUACUGUGGAUAUGAUGGCUCCUGGAGCUGCUCGUAUUCGUUUUGCAUCUUUCCAGGAUGCUGAACGCGCUCGUGCCGCGUUAUAUGGAACCACUGUUGAAGGAAGAAUGAUCAGCGUAGACUACGCUUAA